AUGAGUGAGCAGGAGAAUCAAAUCGGGGUCAAAGGUGAAAUUGAGAGCGAAAGCAUCGUGCGUAAUCCAAACGAUGAACAUAUUUCUGAAAAAAUUAUUCUAAACGUCGGCGGCAUCAAGUAUGAAACAUACCGCUCAACAUUAACUUCUCACCCCCAAACCCUUCUCGGUAUAAUGUUUCAUCCUCGAAAUAGAGUAAUGUUGCACCCAACCAACGGCAAUGAAUACUUCAUCGACCGCAACGGCUACGCAUUUCACUAUGUGAUGGAAUACUAUCGCACCGGGACGAUUGUCUGGAGGCCAACAUUGGAUCUCCCUUGCGAUCACCUUCCUUCCCCGCAAAGUUCUUCAACCCCUUGUACCAUUUCACCGUCACAAUCCAACUCGUACACCGAGAUAAACAAUGCCACCGUUCCGACCAGGGCCGCUGCUGCGAUCGUGGCCAAGACCUCGUCAAGUGGGUGCGGUUUCUUGAACACCGUCCCGCUUCAAAUUUCAAAAUCCGCCAUCACACCACCUCCGUCGAACCCCGCUCCCCCUGAAAGAUCUUCAUGUUGGGAGUGUCACAACUCGCAACGUCCAUACGUCUCGUUACCUGAACUUGAACAAGAAUUCAACUAUUUUCAGAUACCUUUUACUUCCCGG